AUCGUGCUAAGGCACCAUUCGCUCACUAGCGUCUCGCUCCAAAGCAACUACCCAAAAGCAUUCACAGAUCCUACGCUACCACGUUCCACCGAGUUCCUAUCGAACGACAGUUCGUGCCACGUGCUUCGGGUUCCGACAGUUCGAAGGAAGAAACCGGUUCAGUGUCCCGUGGUUCGAAGGAGAAGAUCUCUUGGAAAGAGAGAGAUAGAGAGAGAAAGAGACACACGCACAGAGCGAGAGGAAAUAUGGCGGCCAUCACUAUGAGCCACGUGUUUGAGUACGAGAACGAGCUCAACGACAAUCUCUACAACCUGAAGAUGUCGGGCAAGGCCGUGAGCAGCGGUAGGAGAAUACGCAGCAUACUGAAGCCACUGUUGCGACUCUUGAGGACGAAGCGAACGAGCAAGUACACUUCCAACAAGAGCCAGAAAGCUGUACCUCAGGUGGAAAUCUUCACCGAGGAAGUCGACAACCAGAACAACGCCAACGAGGCGCUAGAGCGCAGACUAUUGGCGGAGCUGCAAGACGCCGAGGAAGGAGCUGCCAUCACUGUCUGCCUGGACGGGCAGAUGACCGUCGUGCCGGUUGUGCCUGGUCAGUGCUACGUGCCGGUGCAUUUCGCCCACACCCACGCCGGCGACUUCUACUGGACAACCCUGAGCAUGGCUGACAGUGAUCUGUGUUACAAGGAGCGCGCCUUCUCGCAACACCAACUGCCCGAGAUGCAAGUGGCGUGAGAGAAGUCAGCGUCAUCGUUGUCGAGGACUACGUUGCCGCAUCUACCUCAAGGGCGAAUCCGAGCUAACCUGGCCUACUCGAGGUUCGUUCGUCUUCUUUACGCGGAAACCCGAUCUCAAAGUCCUCGAGAUCAAGAACAUCCACGAUCUGCCAUCAGCCACGAGAUGUGGGGAAGAAACGUCGGAUUUAGACAUUGAGACGAGAGAUUUUACAUAUAAACUGUGAUUUUGUUUAAGCUAGAUGUAAACUUUAAUUUAUGUAUUUCGUAUGUCAUUAACACACAAUUGACUGAUCAAAACGAGAAUUUUUCGCGAAAAUAAUCAAAAUUUACUAGAGAAUACCUCAGUGACCGUGUGAGAGUGAGAGAGAGAGAGAGCGAGAGAGAGAGAGAGAGAGAGAGAGAGAGAGGGAGAGAAUGUGUGUAUAUGUAUGUAUGGCGAGAGAGUGAAAGAAAAAAGAUAUAUAUACACACACAUAUAUAUAUUUUUUAUAUUACAGCGACGCGUUGUCGCAUUUGUGAUACUUGUAAUGUUGAUACUCUUUAGAAAAUAACAGACUUGGUGUAAUUUUGAGAUUGUGAUAUCGGCUUUAACGUCAGCAAGUAUUGCUGACACUUUCCUAAUGUCUUCCUACGCAAAUAUUUCUAAAAUAAAUGUUACUUAUAAG